AGAUCUUGCUCGUUGUCCUGGCAUAGGAGAGCGCAAGGUAAAACGCCUAUAUGAUACUUUCCAUGAACCCUUCCAGCGUGAAGUGUCUAAACAUGCAGUUCCUGAAGUGGCUGCUAAUGAAAAUACGGGGCCAAGCUCUGUCACUCAAGGGGACAAAGACGAGAUAGAAGUAGAAGAUGUGAAGAUGCACAGAAACAAGGAACCUGACAUAACAAUCAAGACGGCACUCUCAGCUGCCUUUGCCAAAUAUUCUCAUAGAAAAAAGAAUAAAUCACAACAGAAAGAUGCUGAAGGGUUGAACACCUCCACCCCAGAAGCAAACAGCAAAGGUAAUAAUGAUGAAUGAGCCUGAUGGAGUUUGUCAACCAUUCAAAGUAGACCAACCAAUUCCAAGAAGCUUCAAGGGGGGAUUGUCCACAGACCGCAAGCGGUCACCAGAUUAUAACGUAUUUCGUAUGUCGACUAGUACACUGAAAUGUGGGACCUUAAAAUGUAAAUUUAAAAAAGAAAUUGGGAUGUGAUUAGCUGAACACACUUGGCAAUUAGCAUCAUCAUAGAUUUAUUUUGGCCAAAUCCUCCCGACGACCUCACCCAUAUAGUAGCCUUCCCAUUCCAAGUAUCCAAAAGUGCUAUCUCCUUGAAGCCUUCCAAGAGGCUGCAUGCCAAUUUCAAAUCCAGUUAACUUCGAACAAGAAGCUGCAUGUGCCUACUAAAUACUAAUA